AUGGUUUCAAUACCGCACAAUAGUGUUAGUAUUCUGAAGGUGUCUUAUGCAGUCAGGGAACGUGUAGGACCAUGGUGGGAUAUUCCAUCGUACCAUAAAAAGUGGAAAAGACAGAUUCUCAAAGAUGUUUCAUUUCAUAUAGAAAGUGGCGAAAUCAUGGGCAUUUUAGGAAAUUCUGGAUCUGGGAAAACAACUCUGUUGGAUGCCAUAGCUGGAAGACUUAGCCAUAAGAGCAGCUUUGUUGGGCAAGUUUAUGUCAAUGGACGUGAGCUGCAUCGGGAUCAAUUUCAAGACUGCUUUUCUUAUGUUCUCCAGAAUGAUACUUUGCUAAGCUACCUCACCAUAGAAGAAUCUUUGACCUACACUGCUUUGCUGGCCCUUCAGAAACAUUCCUGUGACUUCAUAAAAAAGAAGGUUGAUGCUGCUAUAGCUGAGCUGGGGCUCAUGCAUGUUGCUAACAGUGUAAUUGGAAGCCGUGUUUUUGGGGGAAUUUCUGAGGGUGAAAGGCGCCGUGUUUCAAUUGCAGCACAGUUAUUACAAGAUCCCCAGGUCAUGUUGCUAGAUGAACCAACAACUGGUCUGGACUGCAUGACAGCCAAUCAGAUUGUAUCACUGCUUUCAGAACUUGCUCGGAAAGGCAGGAUAGUAAUUAUUACAAUCCACCAGCCACGAUCAGAAUUUUUCCAGGUAUUUCAUAAAAUUUGCAUCAUGAGUUUUGGAGAAUUAAUUUUCUGUGGAGGGCCAUCAGACAUGAUCACAUUUUUUGGGGACUGUGGUUACACUUGUCCAGAACAUUCCAACCCCUUUGAUUUUUAUGUGGAUCUAACAUCAGUAGAUACUCAAAGUAAAGUUCGCGAACUGGAAACUUACAGCCGAGUUCAAACUAUAUCUACGGCCUAUAAAAGUUCAGAAAUCUUUCAUAAAACUUUGGAGGCUAUUGAGGAAACAAAGUGCAAAGUGAAAGACCUGCCACCUAUACCUUUUAAAUGCAAUGACUCUCCCAAAUCUUUCUGCAAACUAUGGAUUCUUUUAAGGAGGACAACAAGGAAUUUAUCCAGAGACAAGCCUAGGAUGAUCAUGCGACUUUCCCAAAACUUAUUGUUUGGCCUUUUCAUCGCAUUCUUCCUCCUGAGACUGAAUGAUGACCUUUAUACGGGAAUUCUUAAUGGUCUGGCCCUGUUUCCUGCAUUACGGGCUGUGGGAGACCAGGAAAGCAAAGAUGGUUUAUACCAGAAAUGGCAGUUGUUGCUCGCCUACAUACUUCAUUUCUUGCCCUUCAGUGUCAUUAGCAUAGCACUUUUUAGCAUCUUUAUAUACUGGACUGUGGGAUUACACCCAGAUGCUUCAAGUUUUGGAUAUUUCUUUGCUGCUGUUUUAGUACCCCAUAUCGUAGGAGAAUUGCUUACACUUGUUUUUCUUGGGGUAAUUCAAAAUCCCAACGUGGUCAAUGGAGGAGUAGUGCUACUUACCAUAGCAGGAGUCCUAGCAGGAAGCGGACUUGUAAGGAACUUGGAGGACAUGCCAACUGCUUUUAAGAUGCUAAGUUAUCUUGCUUUCCAAAAGUAUGGCAGUGAGAUUCUUGUUGUGAAUGAGUUUUCUGGAUUAAAAUUCACAUGUGGUGGUCUCUUCAAUGUUUCUACUGGAGUUGGAGCUUCGUGUCCAUUCUCUCACGGGAUUCAGUUCAUUGAAAGAAACUAUCCUGGAGCAGUAUCCCGGUUCACAAUGGACUUUUUACUAUUAUAUACCUUUAUCCCAGCACUCAUAGCUCUAGCAAUUAUAAGUUUUAAAAUAAGGGAUAUAAUUAUUCUUAGGUAA